GACGAUGUGAUUGGCUAAUGUUUCCGACUCGCAAGCUGUCAUUGUCAGAAAACGGGUGGGGAAAAUAGCUUGUCGUUUGGGAAGUGAAAGUGAAAACUUAAACAGUAAACCGUCAUUUCCUGCAGUGUGUAAGGAUGGCGGCGCCCGGUGGUGGUGGUGGUGCCUCUAAGCGGCUAGUGCAGUAUGUAGUGGUUCGCUCGGACCUGAUCCACGCUUUGUCAUGGCCUGUAGGAGCGGUGAUUACACAAGCCUGCCACGCUGCUACAGCUGCCAUUCAUUUACACUACAGCGACCCUGACACUCAGGAAUACCUGGCUGAUCUGGACAACAUGCACAAAGUAGUGCUGCAGGCACCAGAUGAAUCAUGUCUGUCCAGUUUAUCUGCCUCGCUAAGUGAAAAAGGCAUUGCACACAAGCUGUGGAUGGAGCAACCAGAGAAUAUCCCCACUUGUCUGGCCCUAAAGCCUUACCCCAAAGAGACUGUACAGCAAGCUCUGAAAAAACUGAAACUGUUUAAAUGAGUAAUAAAUAUGCUGCUUCACACUAA